CCGCCCGGGGAGGCGGCGGCGGGGGAAGUGGGAGGAGAGGCGGCGGAGCGCCUUGCCUCCCGAGGCAUCAGACGUGGGGAAAGGGAGGGGAGAGAGGCAGAGAAAGAGAGAAACGCGCCGAGGAAGGCAGGGAAGGACUGGGGAGGCCGGGCUGGGGAGGGUCCCGGUCCCUCCCGUGUCCGGAGGACCAAGGGAACAGUCGCUUGGGGCGGCCACCCCCGCGCCACCACCCCCGGCUGGGCGCCCAUGUGCUGCCGGCACCGGCCUGCGAGGACCUUUGUCUUCAUGAUGGGAGGAAACAUCCCCCUCGCUGUUAGGAUCCGGGCUUCUCCCAGCGCAAGGAUUUGUCAAGGCUGAGAGACUCUGGAUUAUCCCCCAACCUCCUCUAAAACACACAGGGGCUUUCCUGUCCCCCCAUCGUGAGGGGCCUCUGCGCGCACGCAAAGAUGGCCUCCAGCCUCACCUGCACCGGCGUGGUCUGGGCCUUCCUCUCCUUCCUUUGUGCUGCGGCCUCCUGCGUGGGCUUCUUCAUGCCCUACUGGCUCUUGGGGUCCCAGCUGGAGAAGUCUGUUUCCUUCGGCACUUUCCGGAGGUGUUCCUACCCCGUGCGGGACGAGAGCCGCCAGACGACCGUGAUGGUGGAGCAGUGCGGCCGCUACGCCUCCUUCCAGGCCAUCCCGAGUGCCGAGUGGAGGAUCUGCACGGUGGUGACGGGCCUGGGCUGCGGGCUGCUCCUCUUGGUGGCCCUGACGGCCCUCAUGGGCUGCUGCGUGUCCGAGCUCAUCUCCAGGACCGUGGGCAGGGUGGCAGGAGGCAUCCAGUUCCUGGGGGGUUUGUUGAUUGGCUCUGGUUGUGCUCUCUAUCCUCUUGGCUGGGACAGUGAAGAAGUCAAACAAACCUGUGGUAACCUUUCCAACCAGUUUGAAUUGGGGACCUGCGAAAUUGGCUGGGCCUACUACUGCACAGGCGGGGGCGCAGCCGCAGCCAUGCUGGUGUGCACCUGGCUGGCCUGCUUCUCGGGCAAGAAGCAGAAGCAGUACCCCUACUGAGCGGCCCAGGGCACGGGCCGCCGCCAGGAGCAUGAGGGGCUUGCAGGCGCCUUCUGGACGACAAUGACAACAAAAAGGAAAUUUUUAAGUGCUUUCACUCUGAAAUGGUGCAGGGAGGGAUGGUGGGUGGUGCUGGGAGCCCUGGGGAACGGGGUGGACUGUGGACCAAAGCCACCCCACCAGGCUGGAUGGGGAAGGGCUUCUUCACCAGAGCGCACCUGUGGUCUACUCCACAAAUACAUGACUGUGUAAGCAAGGAAAGCUCCAUUUUGGCAAAUUGUGACAUUCUGCGUGCAGCAAUUAAUUGAGGGAUUGGUGAGAAGAUGGUGCUGGAGGCCUGGGGUAGUACCUGGUGGUCCCUUCAGCAUGGUGUUCCUGAAAGCACACACACACACACAGAUGAUGACCAUGGCACAAAAUGAGUAGAGAGGAAACCUUUUUGGUGCGAUUCUUCUUUCUUUUCCUUUUAUUUUUUAUUUUUUAACUUCUUUUUGGUGGUUUAAAAUUCAGUGUUACAACACUUUUUAAUCUAUACAUUAAACUUAAUAAAAGGACCAAUAAGCCACUUUAUCAGUAUUUCAGUAUUUUGUAUAUUCUCUACACAUUUCUCUUCCCCAAACAUUUAGCCACUGCUUAUUCAGCCCUAUAGAUCUUUUAUUAAGCCUCUGCGUUUUCAGCAUUAUUACAAAAAAUGCAACAUAAUAACUUGGCAUAUGUAGCCUUUGCCUAUAGUACUUUUAUGAAGUGCAGUAAAUGGACGUUUUUCUGUCCAUUGAAAAUUCCACUUACAGUACUGUAGAACUCUGUUGGUUAUGUACGACUGACAGGAAACUUCUUCCAGACAUAGAUUUUUGUCGCUGUUAUGUUUAGCUCAUUGAUGUUGUAUUGUGCUGUACCAUGUUUAUUAUUUCAAUAUUCAUUUUUGUAAAAAAAUAUAUAUAUAAAUGUGCUAUUUUAUGUUUGUAUUUGAAAAAUCUCUGUAAAUAAAUUUUUCCUUGAUCAA